AUGGAGGCCGACAAAGGUGAUCCAAGCGCUUACACGCUUCACAUGUUUCCCUUUUCGCUCUAUUCCAUCAUGGUCAUGUACACGUACGUGCUGGGGAACGAGGCAUUAGACGACGGUGGCGGAAUAAUUCUCUCAAACAAACUCGUAAACUUGCAUCGAGAUGAAAACAUCAGCGAAGAGUACCUCGCGAAAAUUAAUCCAAAAGGCCUAGUACCUACCUUGACCGGUGGUACUCUGUCGCAGCCAAUGCCAGAGAGCCUCGAUAUUUCUUACUGGUUGUGCUCUCACUACCCAUGGCUCCUUCCAGAGGCAAAAGAGUCAAAGAUCCGACAGCUCUUGCGUGAUUUGCAUGCAAUUCAAGGCCAGUGUCUGUCGAUUCCGAAAGGGAGGCGCAUGGACAAGAUACCGUGCGAUGCCGAUGAGCGGCUGCAGAGAGACGACAUAAGCCAGGAAUAUAGGCAAGCUCUGGAGUACAAGCAGAAAGUCCACAGAGAGACACUCGAAAAUGCCUUGACCGAUGCUAGAGUAGCAGAAGCUGAACACCAAGCGCGGGCUCUGUUCCGGGACGUCAUGACUGUCCGCAACGCGGAAGACGAAUGGAUUUUCGGUAAUGGCCCUACCGUAUUGGACGCACAUCUAGUUCCAUUCAUCAUACGGCGCUUGGAUUGCAACCGAGACGACCUGGUUCCAGAGGCUUUGCAAGAGUACGCCCAGAAGCAUGCCGCGUCCGUUCAAUGGAAUUAUGUCAUGCACGGGCGACCGACAAUGUGGAAUGUCUCCCUGGGGCACGUUAGUGACAUGGCCGCCGAGUACAAUGGGCCUCUGUAG